GCGGCCCCGCACCUCGCCCUCUCCUCACAGGGGGCCGCAAACCCACCGCCCGCCCCUCGGAGCGGACGGCGGCCCCGCGGCCCGCGAACCCCUCACGGGGGAACCGCGGCCAGCGAGACGCGGCGGGAGGGGGCUCCUUACCGCCCCAUAUGCCCAGCUUGAGCUGGGACUUGUUCAGGUUCUCCACAUAGUCGCCCAGGAAGCGGUUCAGCAGAUCCGCCACCACCGACUCCAGGACCAUGGCGGAGGCGGCCCCUCAGCCGGCGGGAGUGUUGGCUGUUCAAAGCUAUUCCCAUCCUAAGGAAGUGACAAGUCAGGAAAAUUGUGAAUAGAGCUCCUGCUGCCCUUCUAUUAGCACGGAAGCUGACCCAGGGUUCCUCUUGCACACUGAUGGAGUUCUUCAAGAGAUACAAAAUGCACAAUUCAAAGCUGAACUCGUGCAGCCUGUGAGUGUCCCCAGAGGGUCACCAUUCUCCAGACCCUGCAAGGCCAUACUCAAGAGCAGGUCGACCGAUCUGACAGCUUUGAGGCAGCCUGGCAAGUUUGUUCACCACAGAGCUGAUGAACCACACUGGGCAACCUUCCCUCAGGAACCUGUUUGGUAACUCAGAGCUGCACCAAGGAAGAGCAGCAGCUCAGGGAAUGAAGGGGCUGACAGCACAUAGGUACAGUUGCAAAGUGUCCUUCAAAACAUUUGUCCAGGGUGCACAUGGAGAGCAGAUACUGAAUCCCAGUCUAGAUACAGAGGUGUCAACUUGAGGUGACCGUGGUGAUGGCUCUAGGCCUGAUGUAUUCCAGACCAUGGAACCACAUUGCUGUAGCUGAGCAGGAGGUCCUCAAAGGGGAAAAGCCCGAUGGACAAAUCCACCUGCAGACACACAGAGGCGAAAAAGUACGUGAACAUUCUUCUUGGACAGACUACAGGGCACGGACAGCCGAGCAAGGCACCGAGGGCGCCAUUCAAGGCAGGACUGGCACAAGCCCAUUCGACCCACGGGUUCCAAACACCCCUGCCCAGCGCACCACUGCUGGCCCAGUCAAACGGCACAAGGACAGAACUAAACCGCUAAAGAGAGAAAACAGCACCGACUCUCCACCGGGGCAAACGUCCCCCUCUGGCAGAGCCCCCCGCGCCCCUCCCCGAGCAGAGCACGUACCUGGUGCAGUGCGAGCCCCCGCUCUGGGCAGCAGCCCCGACUCGCUGCUCGCCGGGCCCGGGCACCUCCGGCAGCCGCCAACACCUCCGGCAGCCGCCAACACCAACACCUCCGGCAGCCGCCAACACCUCCGGCCGCCCCGAGCCGGCCCUUUUCUACAGGCACCGGGCACCUCCCACCCGGGGAGGGACGGGAACGGAGGGGGCUGCCCGAGGGAGGGCAGGAAAGAAGGGGGUGCCGGGCCGGCGGCCGCGCCUGCCGCUCUCCCGCGGGGAGAGGAGGAGGAGGAGGGAAAGCACCGCUGCUGCCCCGCUGGACACGGCGUGGGCGCCGGAGUCGUGCCCAGGGCAGGGGGGAGGGACUCGGACAAGGGCCUGUCUCGGGAAAGCGCCUUUAGGGCCGCCCCACGCCCCCGGGAGCCGCCUGCGGGAGGGGAAGGGGCUGCCCGGGCAGCGCAUCGCCCCCGGCUCCCUCUCUGAUGAAUGGCUAUUACAGAGGCGUCCCGAGGUUAACUAACAAACCCGGGACAAAAGCAGCGUUGUUUGGUGCUUCUGUUCUUCUGGAGCUGCUGGCGGCUCUCCAGCACUGGAGCCAUACGAAGCGGGGAUUGCGGUUUUCAAGCUCCUUUGUAAAGAACUUCGCUGCCCUUCCGCGUGUGAAUGUGUGUCGCCCCCUCCUCAUUACCCACGAAGAACACGAGACAACGGAGCCUUGACCCCGCGUCCUUAUGAGCGAUACUGAGCCACGGCAAAACCAGCAAUGCAGAUGCAGUGAGGGGAAAAACACGGUAGAAAAUGCUUUGGUGUGUCAAAAACACAGACUUGUGUGACACUGAACGGGCACCGCACUGAGCCAGGGGGCAUCCAGCAACUUGCUCGGCACAGUUCUGCAAUGCAGCACCGCCUGGACAGACCUGCAAACUCUAUAAUUAUCCUGCGAGCUGCAAAUAGCAACCUGAACUGCAGAGCCAGGAAGGCCUGACAAACUGGUUGGCCGAACACUCAGCUGGAGGUUGUAACACAGGGGUAACAGACAAAUAAUAUUCGGCUUUCCUUUUGCCGGUGAAGAGCUAAAGUUCAUGUUUACUGAGUGCUCAAAAUAGAUGAGAUGUGCUCAGAGAAAACAAAUCCGGGGGGUUACAGGGGCAGGGAACAUUUUGAACCCGCUGAAAGGUUUAGCAGGGAACACACAUGUUCUGGGUUUGAGCUCUGCCUCUCUCCUGCUUGUUUUACACCAGUUAAGCUUCACUUGCACAAUAAUCCUCUAGUGAUUAAAAUCAGAGGAAAUUCUUUCUGCCAUGAUUUGUAAAAGGGUUCAGGACACCCCAGAGGUCCCAGUAACGCUGCAGUUGCUGGUGCUCUUGCAGUUUACUUAAAAGGACUUGCUUGAUGUGAGCAUGGUUCAAAUAAUCUCUAAUCUAACUCAGAGGCUUCUGGAGAGGGUUUAUGCUUUCUCCAGCUAAUGAGAUUUUUCAGCAGCAUGGUAAGAGGAGUUAUUGGAGACCCUGGGAUGCUCUCCUUUGGGAAGCACCACAGAGCUGUUAUCCAUUCAGACCAGGCAAUACAGCACUGUACAUCCUGCAGCUUCCAAAGAGAAAGUGAGCUAGUUCCAGUUUACACACCUCUGCUUUGAAUACCAAAGAAAUAUUUUACUCUAAACAUGGAGAAAAAUUAAGGAAAUUGAGCUUUUUAGUGGGAACUUCAUUGCCUCCAGUAACAGAUGACAGAAGUAGUUCAGAUACAGCAAUCAUGGCAACUGGGCUCAGGUAUGCUGAGUGCCCAGCUGGCAUCGGGCAGUGGUGAAAUAAAACAACCACUCUGUCAGAGGUGCUUGAUUUCUGUUUAGUCUCUUUAGGCUCCCAAGGAAAAGAGCGAGGGCUCUCCCAGCGGGUGAUCGGUCCCCUGCUCGCAGUUGCCUGUCUCCCUCCAGUGCCUGCAGAGUGAGCAGGUGCCUUACACGGGGCGGUGUGUCCCGCCCUGCCUGAGCCGGCACUUCCCAGCCCUUUAACAGAUCGCUGAGUGCCGGGAGUGCAGCAACACUUAAGCACUCGAUACAUCCCCCCUGGAAAUAGGCACUCAGAUCUGCGAGUGUAGCUUCCUGUGUUCAAAGCUGUUUCUCUUUCCUUGAUUAGCUUCAGAGUAUAAUUAAAAUGUGCUGCCAACAAGGCUUCCUGUUGCUAUUAAAAAUGUGUCUGCAAUAAUCCACUUUUAAACCGGAAAAGAUAUAAUUUGUGGCAAGGCUUUAUUACCACCCCAGUACCAAUAACUGGUGAAAGCCUGGGAUCUCUCCAGGGGCUGGAAAACCUGAGACUGAAUGGAAUCUCUUCCCAGAGCAACACAGAACAAAGUCAGGAGUUUUCCUUGGCGUGUUACACUGAUAUUAUUUCUCUCCUGCCUUCACUGGGCACAGUGGCCCCAUUCAGGAAAGGUCCAAAACCUGUUUGAAACUCGCUGGUUUGAGGGCCUGGAAGUGCCAGGAGAACCCUUCCAGUGGUUUGUAGAGGGUAGAGAGGCAGGAGAGCUUCAAGAGCUGGCAGCCUUUUGGUGAUGAGCACCAGGGGAGGUGAAACCCUCCCUAUCCAGCCAAGACGAGUGGAGAGAGAAAGAAAAACUUCCUACCCUGCUGUGAAAGGAGGAGGCAUCAAAGACAGGCAUGGAUGAGGCAGCACAGAAGAGUUUAAAGCAACAGCCAUGGCUCAGUGCAUCAUAUUACCUAAAAUAUGCAACAUUUCCACAGGCUUCUGUGAGAACAAAUAACCCGGUUCAGUUUUAUUUUCCUAAAGAAAGCAGCAGUAACUCAGCUGCAGCUUCUUGAAAGAAAACCUCAAUCAACUGAGAGGCACUGACUUUUUUCAUUGCAGACUGAUAUCAUUGCAAAUGUACAGCACAUUGAUGCCUUCCUGUCACUGUGACAAGUGUCAAAGGUAUCUCUUAGCAGUCUGCUCUCCACUUCUGGCCUGAAUCAAGUCAUUCUGCAUUUCUUGUUUAGUAACACAAAAUGGUAACAGAGGUUCAGCAAAACUCAUCUGACAACCUGAUCUUUCUCCUCUUAUUUAGUACAUUAUAGUAGCUUAUAUUUUACCUCACCAGCAAAGGCAGGUUUCUGCACAGCUUUGCAAGUGUCCCUGCUCCUUUAAAUGAACACAUGAAAGAACAAGUGCCCAAGAGCUGCUUGGCAGAAGGGCACAGGAGCUGUGGGGCCCUUCAGGCACUUGGGCACUUCAGGCAAAGUAUCUCAAGUACCUCAUGGCACAGCAGUGUGAACUGUACAAAUGUAAAGCUAUGAACUAAAGAAUUCAUUCCUGCCAGCACAUUACAUGGUCCUGUGGUGAGAAGCUGAGAAUUGCCACGCAAAAUCCAAGAAAGGUUUGCUGUCCCUGCUUCCACUGCUGCUGAAAUCAGCAAAACAAUCUCCUGGGCUGAAGUCUAGGUCUAUACCUGAAUCUAACCACAUCUGGCUUUAAAUGCCUUUCCAUGUUUUAUGGAAAUACACCCAGUUCCAGGCAGUAUCUACUUCAUGUCUACUCAAAUCUGAAAACCUUCGCUAUUUUGCCUGCAUGAUGUUAAAUUUCUUUUCCCUGAUGCUUUCAUGUAACAGGGUAGAAAAGAAUGGAACUGGAAAAAUAUUUUAAAGGCUAUCAGGAUCAUGAAACACAUCACAGAGCAGAUAAUUAAUUAUCCACAUUUCCUAUGACUGGGUCAAAACAAGCUCCAGUGCUCUGUUCAGGUAAUUUCCUGAAAAGGCAAGGUUCUACACAUGGACAACCAGGAUAAAAACUCAACAGCAGAGGGGAUUUCCUGGCACCAUCAGAGGGUUUAGCACACGGCCUGGGCAGUUUAGGAAAGCUGGUAAAAGGAUCCUAAAGAAGAAUGGAACUGGCUUGAGAAAGGAAGACAGAAGAAACAGAGAUUAUUUAAUUGAAAAAAAAAAUAUGAGGGGCAGAAAGACUCUGCUUGUUCUGCUUGCUUCUGAAAAAAGGGGGAUGUUGAGCUGCCUUGCACAGCUCCAGCUCGGAAGGCACGAGUGACUCAGGGCUUGGCAAACUGCUGCCCCAGCAGGGACUUCCAGGGGUUAAACUUCAAAGGGGAAAAGGACUGAGGUGCUCAAAAGGACACUGCUGGUGGCCCUGGAUGUGCAAGGCCACUGCUCUGAAGGGUGACAGGAAAGCAUCUGAUCUUCCUCCUCUGAACUAAUAUUAUCCUGCAGUUCAAGGAUGUCUGCCCAGGAAGGUAAUUUGACAGUUUUGUUGCUGGACACCUGCUCGCUCUGACAGGCCAGCCGUGAGAUCACAGCCAGGUUAUGCAGGUGCAGGCUGGGUGGGAGCAAACCUUGCAGCCAGACAGAAAGAACACAUGUCCAAGGGACUGGGUAUAAACUGCCUUGUUAGUGAAUGUUUCACUAAAAUUUUACAGGCCUGACCCUGGUGAAAGCCUAAAAAUUCCCAUGCCUUUUCCCAGGAAUUGCAGCUCUGUAUUGCAGACUCUGUGUUUCUUUCAAGAUUCUGGGGUAUGGUGAAAGCAGACCCAGAAUUGCCCCCAGAGUGUGGUGUUCAGGUCACUCUUCUGGUGUGGAAGAUUAACUUGUUAUUUGGGCAAACAGCCCCAUUUUAGGGCAGGCCUGUCCCAUUAGGCCCCACAAAUACUUCUGAGGAUUUUCUGAAGAAAAGUCCACCAAACUGCUCACGUCUUUCCACAGGGAUGUGCUGUGUUACGGCAGUAAUGAGCAUCUCAUGGCUUUGCAGAGUUGUUGUGCUGUGACUUGUAGUAGGGUUAAUGAAAUAUGAGAAUUAUCACUAAUAUUUCCCUCAGAGUAAAAAUAAAAUCAGGCAGUACAACCUAAUAACUUAUAGACCAGAAUAUUUCAGCUGGAAGGGAUCACCCAGUCCAACUGCCAGACCAAUUCAGGGCUGCCCAGAAGUUAAACACAUGUUUUUAAGGGUCUUGUCCAAGUGCCUCUUGAAACACUGACAGGUUUCUGGCACUGGCCACCUCUCUAGGAAGUCUAUUCCAGUGUCUGACCACCCUCCUGGUAAAGAAAUGCUUCCCAAUGUCCAGUCUGAACCCCUCCUACACAGCUUUGAGCCAUUCCCACACCCUGUCACUGGACACUCCCCUUCCCCUCCUCAGGAAGCUGCAGAGAACAUCCAGGUCACCCCUCAGCCUCCUUUUCUUGGAGCUAAACAAACACAGUGUCCUCAGCUCCUCACCUGCAUUCAUUGCAGAUUCCCUGCUCAGAAACAAAGGCACAAAUCAACACUUCAUGCAACUGUCUCUGUGCUGGGAGCCUUGACAGCAGGACUCUUUCUGCACUCUGGCCUGAUGCAGUCUCAUUUGAUGGGAGUUCUCGUGUACCCCAAAAGAAUUCGUUGCAUAUAAAUUUGUAUUGACACCUGCAAGGUGAAUCACACCUGCUGAGAAAAACUAUUACUCAGUCUUCUUUUUGCUCAGGGUAAAUUUAAAUAUGAAAGAGGAAAGCUAAAUAAAACAAGGCUUGGGGUAAAAAAACCCCAAGUUUCCACAAAACUUCAAAUCAAUAAGGAUUACUUCUAUCAAGGUUAAAAAGAAAGAUAAAAAGAAGGAAACAGAUUUAGUUUCCUAAUACACAGUCCUGGCACUAUGUCCAUGGAAGGAACGUAUUUCAACCAUUGAUAAAAUACAUUUACAUCCAUCUCAAAAAGUCAAAUUUGAGAAAAGCUUUGGAUCUAUAUGCUGAUUUGUUUCAUCAUUUUAUGUCUCAAAAGAUGAUUAUAUGAGCCAGCAAAUGGAUAAUUAUCUACUACUAGCCCUUUAAUCAGUCAUUACAAUGUCACUAGUUGUUCUUUGGAAGAGGAUUCACUAGAACUUCCCUCCUUGCUGUGUUCUUUGGAGACACAAGGCUAAACCUGUCCAGUUACAAACACCAACACCGAAAGUUUCCUCUCCAACUGUGCUUUACCACACUCCUCUGGUCAUGUAGAAACUUGCAAAAGGAGAUUUUGAUUUCCAGGACAGCAGGGUUGAUCUAUGCACUGCAAACACUUACUGGCAGGUUUUAUUGACCAAGCAGUUCUUAGUGCUCUUCCUCCUGCCUAGACACACCCACCAGAGCCCUUCCCCAAAGAGCACAGAGUCAGAGCAGCCUCAAACCCAGCAGAGAGGCAGGGGCUCUCUGUUAUGCUCCCCAAACACCUGCCCCAGGAGUUGCUGGCUGGCUGCACCUGUCCUGCAGGUACAGUCUGUGAGAAGCUCCAAGCACCAGGUGACGUGGCUGUGUGGAAGCACCACCCUGCUGGUACAAACAAGGCUCCCCAGGGUGAGCCAGGCAGAAGCCAAGGACAUCUCCAAGAGGGUGAUUCACCUUGUCCAAACAUGCUGCCUCUUGAUGGGGAGUGUUUAGCACUUGGGAAACGGGUGUGUUGGCAGACACACUGCCCUGCAUUUCCCAUGCCCUGAGCUACAAAGACCGAGGUGUCCCUGCAGGAGGAGUUCCCGAGUUCAGCCCUAAUAACAACAACUGCAGGGGCCUGCAGGGCACACUCUGCUCCUGUGGUGGGCUGGGAGAGCC